ACUCUAAACCCACGGGCUGACGGGCAGCUGACCGGAUCAUGGAUCAAAGUUCACCACCCAUACAUAUAACAGCUUAACGCCCUUCAAGCAAAUCUCUCUUCUCCCCAUCUAAUCGCUAGGUUUUUGAAGCCUCACUUAUUUUUCCCUCUUUGGUAGCUUUCUCGUGUAGAUCCUUCAUCAUGAGGUAAGUCUUCAUCUGUAUAUCUUUCUUUCUUAGGGUUCUUAGGUUUUGCCAGGACUUCUGAAAAUGUUUGAAUAUUAUUUAUAGCUUUUUUAACUGUUGUGUUUGGUUUGUCAUCUAAGCUGGAUGGCGAUCGAUCUCUUCUAUCUAGGGUUCAUUUAGAAUUUCUGAUUUGGGUCUCGACUCUCGAAUCUCAUUAUUUGAUCGCCAUUUUUAGCGGGUUUUGUUUUCGGAAGUUGCUGUGACUGUGAUCUUGAAAAGGGUUGUUUCUAAAGAGCUGGUCAUCCACUCGGUUUUUUUAUCACUUUACAAUCAAUUUAGGUUGCUUUAAAGCACCUCUACCAUGGGCUUUCCAGUAACAAUGGCUUGUGUCUUAGCAGUUUCUUACCUAUACUAAGUAAAGUUUCUAGUUUGUUCUUGCCAGUUUCAGUACAAUCUGUUAUUGUACUUCUACUCAACUAUAUACUGCCACUUUCCUAUAUAUCUCUCUCCCACAAAAUGGCUCCAUCUGCUACAACAGAAACAAAAGCAAAAACGACGAGAAAACCAAGAAGAACCCAUUACAAGAAGCGGCUGGUGAAGUCCAAGAACAUCCAGGAAACAUCAUUGGUGGAGGAUAUCUCUUCCUCCACCACCACUACCACAAGCUUCAAUGUUUGUUCCAAGAUUGAUGGCUUAGAUUUGGAGGGGGUUGAUAUCUCUACAAGUUCUUGCUCCACACCAAAAGCUCAGAGAUAUCGGAUACCAGAGAUCGUUACAUGCCCACCAGCACCAAAGAAGCAAAGAGUGAUAUCAAAUUGCUCACUGCAAAGGAGACCAAUCGCUUUCUUUGCCCCUCCAGACUUAGAGCUCUUCUUCUUCUUUGCUCUUCGUGAUAUCUCAGUCUAGAAUUUGUUCAUAUGAUAUGAAGAUCAUUUCAAUAUAGUCUAAGAGGUGAUCCUCAUAAAAUCGCUCUCAGAAUUAUAUAAUAGUUUGUGUUUUCUCAAUUUGAUCAUUAAGGUAUAGUAUAAUGGCUAGUUUGAGCUUGCUCAUUUGGGUUUGCUAAUCAAUUUAGCUGGGUUAUUUUCAAUUUGGAGGGUAUACUAAUCACUAAGUUUAGCUGGGGUUGUCCAACUAAAUUUAGGCUUAAUUAUUCCUUUAAUAUUUAUUUCGUUUUUAGAUGUUUUGCUGACUUUGGAGUUUGAAAAGUGAGAUGUAAUGGCUUGAUUUAAGUUUUAAUUGUAAUUGUGAUUGUGAUUGUGA